CAGAUCUACCCCCUCCUCUAUAUCAGCCAGGCGAUCAGCAACAGAGUCAUACGGAUCAAGGACCUCCAGCUUCAAUAAACGACAUUCCAUAUCUCUGUUAUCAAGCAGCGGCGUCAGCGUUUCUUGAGUCAUCAUCCCGGAGUCGAUCUUUAUAUCUUUCAAACAGCCCUUAUCACACAAUCCAUAACCAUGAGCUGCACCUGUACUCGAGGAAGACUGCUAUUUCACGCCGCUUCCCGCACUGCUAGUGCGGCUUCAUCAAGGGCCUCAUCGUGUGCGUCGUCAGUUGCUUCAAACGCUCCAAGAUCCAGUACUACGAGUCGUACCUUCACAACUACCAUGCACAACAAGUCAAGGUUGAACGCGGAUAUGGUUAAUCCUCAUGUACGUGCAGCGGAGUACGCUGUACGUGGUGAGCUUGCUAUCAAGGCGGAAGACCUUCGCGAUCGCCUCGAGGCCGGUGAGAAGCUGCCAUUCGACCAUGUAAUCAACGCAAAUAUCGGCAAUCCGCAGCAGCUGGAUCAGAAGCCUUUGACCUUUUUCCGCCAGGUUAUCGCGUUGACCGAAUGUCCUGAUCUUCUCAGCGAGGAGAACUUGCCAGUCACGAAGAAGCUAUUCCCUAGUGAUGCAAUCGAAAGGGCGCAAGUACUUCUGAAGGAGAUCGGAUCAGUGGGUGCGUACAGUGCGUCGCAGGGUGUGAUGGGUAUCAGGAAGAACGUCGCCAAGUUCCUUGAGGAGCGUGAUGGUCACCCCGCGGACCCUGCGGAUAUAUACCUUACUGCUGGUGCGUCUCAGGGUGUGCACACCAUCCUCCACAUCCUCAUUGCAAAUCCAAGCACCGGAUGUUUAAUCCCUAUUCCUCAAUACCCUCUCUACACUGCGACGUUGGCGAUGCUGAACGGUCGUGCGGUGCCAUAUUACCUGGACGAGGAGAAAGCGUGGUCAGUCUCGAUGAACGACAUGCGUGAUGGUUUGGAGAAGGCCGAGGCGCAGGGUACCGAUGUGCGUUCGCUGGUCGUCAUCAACCCCGGUAACCCUACAGGAAACUGCUUGGCUGUUGAGGACAUGAGGGACGUUCUAAGGUUCUGUAAGGAGGAGGGUUUGGUUUUGUUGGCCGAUGAGGUGUAUCAGACGAAUACGUUCGUUUCUGACCGUCCGUUCGUGUCGUUCAAGAAGGUGUACCGCGAUAUGUGCGCGGAGGACCCGUCGAUGGAGGGCCUCGAUAUGGUUUCUUUCCACUCCACGUCGAAGGGAAUGAUUGGAGAGUGUGGACGAAGAGGUGGGUACUUCGAGUUGACAGGUUUCGACAAAGAUGUGCGCGAUAUCAUCUACAAGUCGGUAUCCAUUACUCUCUGCCCACCUGUAUCCGGACAAAUCCUCGUUGAUUUGAUGGUAAAUCCACCAAAGCAGGGCGAUGAGAGUUAUCCCCUCUACAAUAAGGAAUACAGCCACAUCUACAACAGUCUCAAGGAGCGUUCACAGGCGCUUCUUUCCGCGUUCAAGAGGAUGGAGGGCGUCGACUGCCAGGACGCUCAGGGUGCCAUGUACCUCUUCCCCCGCUUGACCCUUCCGCAGAAGGCGCUUGAUGCUGCCGCGGAGGCUGGAAAGACCCCCGAUGCGUUCUAUUGUUUGCAAUUGUUGGAUGCGACGGGUGUGUGUAUGGUCCCCGGUAGUGGAUUUGGUCAGAAGGAGGGUACGAUCCAUUUGAGAACGACGUUUUUGGCUCCUGGAACUGAGUACGCUGAGCGUAUCGUCAAGUUCCACGAGGACUUCAUGAGGAAGUAUAAGGACUAAAAUGAGUUGGAGAGGCAGUUAAGGUGGUCGCACGAUGGUCGUAUUUGCUGGAAAUGCGUUAGAUGACAUGCGUUCAUUGCAGGCGUUGGGCAGGGAGUUGCUGGUCCCACUUAUGUGUUAACGUUCUUCUUCUUCGUAUGGGUUAGAGGAGAGGCUGGCUUUCUGGGUUUC